AGGCAAUAUAUUGAGGUUUAAUAUUAACAGCUUUUCUAUGUUAAGAUUUUAUCGAGAUUUUCUUACGCAUCUUUCGAUACUAAUUGAGGUUUAAUAUUACAGUCGAACUUUUCUAUGUUAAGAUUUUAUCAAGAUUUUCUUACGCAUCUUUCGAUACUGAUUGAGGUUUAAUAUUACAGUCGAGCUUUUCUAUAUUAAGAUUCAUCAAGAUUUUCUUACGCAUCUUCCGAUAUUAAAAUGUCGUAGGUAAAGAAAACUGUCUCUUUGAUCAAUAGGCUGGGGAUAUAUACAUCUGUGCUAGCUCGUUUAGUAGGCAAUCAAAAUCUGAUCGUUUCGUGACUACCAGAAGGGUAUCAUGUCACUAACUCAGCCUCCUCCAGCUCUUCCCCAAUACUUGCAAGAAAAUGAGAUCAGCCAAGAAACCAGAGACAUGAUAUCUACUCUACCUAGAGAUCAAGGUUGGGUUGUAAGUCAUCUCUAUCAGUACCAAGGCUUUUGGCACUCAACUAGGCAGAUAGAAGGAGUCUUGGCGUGCCAAGAAAACUUCCGAGCUCAAGAUUCUGAUAUCUUACUUGUUACUACUCCCAAAUCAGGUACCACUUGGCUUAAGGCAAUCUUGUUUUCCCUUGUGAAACGAGGAGAGUAUUAUCAUCCAGACCCUAAAGACCACCCCUUCCUCACGAAAAACCCUCAUGUUCUUGUGCCCUUCUUGGAGCUUGGUCUGUACCUUCAGAAACCGGUACCUGACCUCGCCUCCUAUGCCCCUCCUCGGCUCUUUUCAACUCACUUACCACUUGUGUCUCUACCGGAAUCAGUCAAAGACUCUGCUUGCAAGGUUGUCUAUCUGUGUAGGAACCCUAAGGACACAUUUGUUUCACUCUGGCACUUCGCAAACAGAUUGAGACCCGAGAGUCGGGGAAGCAUUUCACUUGAAGAAGCUUUAGAAUUGUUCUGCAGGGGAGUGAGUUUGUAUGGACCCUUCUGGGAUCAUGUUUUGGGGUACUGGAAUGAGAGCUUGAAAAGGCCUCAAAGUGUAUUUUUCAUCAAAUAUGAGGAAAUGAAAGAAGAAGAAGAAGCCGGUUCUCACUUGAGGAAGCUAGCUGAGUUCUUGGGGUGCCCAUUUUCUCCAGAAGAAGAGGCACAAGGGGUGGUGGGCAACAUCCUGAAGCAUUGUAGUUUUGAGACUUUGAGCAAUUUGGAUGUGAACAAAAGAGGGAAGUUAUCAUCCGGCGAGGAGCAUAGUGCUUUCUUUCGGCGAGGGGAGGCUGGAGAUUGGAGGAAUCAGUUGACUGCUGAGAUGGCGGAACAGAUAGACCGUAUCACUGAAGAGAAGUUGCAAGGUUCUGGAUUGAAAUUUUAAGUGUGCAUGUGUUUUUUUACUUCUUUGUUGUUCGUGUUUGUGUGUGGACUUUGACCUUGGUUAAUUGGUUCUAAUGUCAGUAUCUUCAAUCUCAUGAAAUAAAAUGUAUGAAUUUGACCUUGGUUAGUUCCAACGUCAAUAUUUGAAUCUUGUGAAAUAAAAGUAUUGCCAAUUUGCUGUCCAA